AACUAUGAAACAGUAGUUUUACCUCUGGAUGAAAGAGCAUUUGAAAAAACUUUAACACCGAUCAUACAGGAGUAUUUUGAACAUGGAGAUACUAACGAAGUUUCGGAGAUGCUGAAGAAUUUAAAUCUCGGUGAAAUGAAAUACAGUGUGCCAGUGCUGGCUGUUUCCUUGGCCUUAGAGGGGAAGGCCAGUCACAGGGAAAUGACGUCUAAGCUUAUCUCCGACCUUUGUGGGACAGUAGUAAGCAAAACUGAUGUGGAAAAAUCAUUUGAUAGACUGCUUAAAGAACUACCUGAAUUGGUGUUGGAUUCUCCCAGGGCACCACAGUUGGUGGGCCAGUUUAUCGCUAGAGCUGUUGGAGAUGGGAUUCUAAGCAACACCUAUAUAGAUGGCUACAAAGGCACUGUGGAUUGUGUCCAAGCUCGAGCCGCGCUGGACCGAGCGACUGUGCUGCUGAGCAUGAGCAAGGGUGGGAAGCGCAUUGACAGCGUGUGGGGGUCAGGAGGGGGCCAACAGUCCGUGAAACACCUGGUUAAAGAGAUCGAUAUGUUGCUGAAAGAGUAUUUGCUUUCCGGAGAUGUACUGGAAGCUGAGCGUUGCCUUCAGGAACUGGAAGUACCCCAUUUUCACCAUGAACUUGUCUAUGAAGUAAGGAGAAAUCAGAGUCCCUUUAAUAAUUGUCAGCAAUUUGAUGUGGGCAUGCAAAUAAUAUAACUGGAAUUUGAAGCU